AUGGGCAUAAUAACUGGUGAAGGUCUAUUUGCUAUUGCCCGGUCAUGCCAUAAAUUAGAAUAUUUAAAUAUUUCUCAUUGUACAGAUAUUUGCGAACUAUCAAUUUGUAAUGUUAUUCAUUCUUGCCCAAGACUCCAACAACUCGACCUUAGCUUUUGUAAAAUUACUGAUAUAGCUAUUGAAAAAAUUGCUAAAUCAUGUCAUAAUUUAAAAUAUCUUAAUUUGAGGGGGUGUGAUAAAAUUAGCAAAGAAGCUAUAGAUAAGCUAAAUUCAAAUAUCCACGUAGAGAAUUUUGUGGCUUCGAUGGAUUCAAUACUAGCUGGAUUAGAUGAAACAAUAAGACAAUACUUCCAUAUUAUCAAUCAGAAUUUCAGACCCCGCUACAGGGCAUAUCCACAAUUAAAUUCCAAUACAUCUAUAGCUAUAAACAGACAUUCACCGACUCGAGGUAUUAUUUCCACCUUAAUGUCGAGAGCUGAUGAAAGAAUAUUAGCCCCAGAAUGGGUACUCUACCGAUCUAACUAA